CUUCAAAGCAAAAGCAUUUGUCAAAGAUAGAAAUAGAUGGAAUCUUUCUGAGAUUGUCACUUGAAGCCAAUGUCAUCCCGCUUCUACAUUCUCGGCGCAGGAGCCAUUGGUCUUUUCCACGCGCACCACAUUCGCACCUUCCUCCACACUCCCGUCACACUCCUCCUUCGCGCACCCACACUCACCCAAUUCCACGCUGCAAACAACACCCUCACCAUUCAAACAUCAGACCGGACUGUUAUUGGCACCAGCACCCUAGACGCCGAAGAACCCACACCCGAUGGUCCCCCAAUUGAAAAUCUAAUCAUUUGCACCAAAGCGCAUGAUACCCUGGCAGCAUUGGACCCCAUCUCACCUCGUUUAUCGUCGAACAGCACGAUCCUUCUCCUCCAGAACGGUGUUUUAGGCGUGUACACCAGUCUCCGACGAUCCCUCUCUUCCCCUUCGACAGGUGGCCCGCGUAUCCUCCUCGGCAUCACGACACAUGGCGUGACCCUCACCGAGCGCUUCACCGCAAUACACGCAGGAGACGGCGAAACCAGCAUUGGCGACCCCGAACAAGGACAAGUUGGCCAAGACCGUGUGAAUACCUUUUUGGAACAUGUAUCAAGAGCGGGAUGGUCUACCACGCUUUCGUACCCCGACUUUUAUCAAAAAUUAUUACUCAAACUUGUCGUCAACACCUGCCUCAAUCCCCUCACUUCCCUCUUCAAUACCCCAAACGGCAGCCUAACGACCCCACACGGCCAAAAUCUCAUCCACCUCAUCUGCAAGGACCUCUCUACACUUUUCCCCGAUCUCGGACUAUCACCUACUGAACUAACGUCCCAUGUCCUGGACAUUGCGAAUCGAACGGCUUUGAAUCGAAACUCUAUGGAGCGGGAUGUUUAUGCUGGACGGCGUACUGAGGUGGAUUUUCUUGUCGGGUACUGUGUAGAGUUGGCGAGGGAGCGAGAGGUUGAGGUUCCUAUUUUGGAAUUUUUGUGGGAGGCUGUCAAGAUGAGAGAAGAGAUUGGAAUGCGGAUGAAGAGAGAGGCUCAGAAAUUGCGAUAGUGAAUUGCGUGAAAUUGGAUGGUCCAUUGCGUCGAUGAGUGCGGGACACUAUCUUCCCCGUUUUGAGGUUUGUAUGGAGAGAUGGAUGCGAUCUAGCGCGUUGUGAGUUUUAGUGGUCGCUUCACCUUGCAGCUUAAUGAUUCAUAGCGAUCUUGCAAAUGUAACCUCAGUGUUCAUCGCGUAUCAUCCAGGUGGGGCAGUUGGUUCUGAUGAGGUGCAAAGAUAACAGUGGAAUAUAUAUUGCCACAUGAUAGGACAUCGCUUCAUUGUGGCAGUGGUACUCUGCUUUAUAAAAUGGAACCAUAUGUCAGAGAUAUUGUGCUCAGUGGACUGUAUGUGCAGCUGGGAUGAUGGUGAUCACGUAAGUCGAUAAAUGCAUUCGAAUGGACUCUAAUUUGAUCGGGUCAUUGUUUUUGUUGCUAUGGCCAUGGCCCUCGUGUCGUCCUAUUUCAAUGAGAAACGUAACUUUUUUAUGUGAUAGCAAUCCGACAUGGUGUGCGUUUUCGCAUGUCGCUCAUAAACACGCAAGUCUUUGUAAAGAAACAUUUGAGGGGAUGGCUGUAUGGUACUUUACUUUGCCAUGGAGUGACUCUCUCGUUGAUCUUGCUGUUCCUUGUUCUUUCUUGGAUGGACUAACCCUGAUGAUGUUAUCCUUGCAUUGGUAUUAGUUAGAGCGGGCAUAUGAUCCUGGUCUCCCUUGGUAUUGGUAAUGCAUCUAGGGGAGGAUAAGCACGGCGGAACCAAUGGGCGAUGAUCCGGCCCAAGUAUCCCCUGCUGCUGCAGUCCACGUCAUAACAUGGCAUGUUUGUCAUGCACAAGCACUGUAGCCAUGACUUGGGAACAUGAAUGGUGGUGGCAUAAAUACUGCAGGACUGGAAUGCAAAAACCUUGGAUAGGUGUCAUAGAGGAUAACUCCCUAUAGGGGGUAUAUUUUACAGUACUUCACCCCAGCAAAUACAUAUUUAUACAAUUUUCAUAGAACGCACUCCUUAAAGGAGAAAAAAAAAAAAUGCAAGGGUAGCGGAAC